ACAAAAUCAAAAUGGCUGCGUCCAUGAGGAACAUUUUAUGUUGUCUAAAGAAUUCGUCUUCAGUUUACUGUAGCCGAUCUCAAGCAAUAUUUAAUAAGAAAACACAGUUAACCUGGUGUCAAUACCAAGUCUUCAAAAUCCAAGUUCAACAGUAUGGACAAAGUAACAGGGAGGAGGAAACCUGUCACCAUGGUGACUUUGCAGUUCAGAGGAGUGCGGAUAAUUCUAAAUCGGAUGUGAAACACCCCCAAGACUUCCAGUUCAGUCAAGAUAAUAUUGCAUAUGAAAGAGCUGUUGGAAAAAGUGAAGCGGAGCAACAAAGGCGAGCCGUACUGACACCCGACCAGCCACCCGAGCCGAAGUUACUACGCGUAGCCAUUAUUGGAACUCCAAACGCUGGCAAGUCAACACUGACCAAUCAGCUUAUGAGAUGGAAGGUGUCCUCGGUGUCGCCAAAAGUACAUACAACCCGACACAAUGUCAGAGCUGUCUUCACAGAAGAUGACACGCAGAUUGUUUUUAUGGACACACCCGGUCUUCUUCAUCCGAAACAGAGAAAAAAACACCACCUUGAAAUGACAUUGGUUACAGAUCCAGAAAGAAGUUUAGAAUCAGCAGACCUAAUUGCUGUAUUGCAUGACAUAUCCAACACUUGGACGAGAAACCAGCUGGACCCACUUGUGCUACAAAUACUGCACCUCUAUCCCCAGUUGCCAUCUAUUCUAAUACUCAACAAGGUUGAUUUGUUGAAAAAGAAGAGCUUGUUGUUACAAAUAACUCGCAACCUCACCGAGGGCGUUGUUGGUGGAGAAAUGGCCGGUGCUCACACCAAGAAAACCUCUCGUCGCAAGCAGCACAUAGACGAGUUCUUGAACAAGUAUGAUCAACAAGACUCCCCCGAUUAUGAAGAUAGUCACUCGGAGGAGAUGCAUCAUCGGAUAGACAAAGUUGAGCAAAGUCAUUGUGAACAGUUGCAUCAUGGAAUAGAUAAAAUUUCAGAGGACAGCGAGACAGAGAAAUGUUUUAAUGAUGAGUUUAGCAGACGGCACUUGAUACCUAUCGCUUACAAGAAAAAGGUGAAAGCAGACGGACAGACUGAAGGUCAAGGACAGGGCAGCUGGACGGAGUACCAUGAUAAAAGGAAGGAGAUUCAGUUUAAGAUCCGCAAUAAGAACGGGUGGCCAAACUUCAGCCAUGUCUUCAUGGUGUCUGCCCUCACCGGAGAUGGGGUCGAUGAACUGAGAAGUCACCUUAAGAGUCGCGCAGUUCGAAGUGACUGGGAAUAUCACAGCAGUUUGGUGACUGACCAGGACCCGUUUGAACUGGCUUGUACUUACGUCUGGGAGAAAAUACUGGAACAUUUACCAAGACAAAUACCAUACCACCUCUAUCCUGAAAUUGUGCUGUGGGAAGUUGACGAGGAAGGCGUUUUAAACAUCCUCAUGGAUAUCACCACCAAAGACCAGUUCUACUUUUUUCAGCUGCUGGGUCACAAAGGGAAAACGAUCACUAAAAUAGCCGAGGAAGCUAAACAAGAGCUGAUGAAUGCUUUCCGUUGUGAGAUGCGACUGAGGCUGGAGGCCAAACUGAGAAACAAAUCUUGAAAGCAUUGACUGAACAUACUGGAGACAUGAAACAAAACGCAUGCCAAUUAAACACUGGCUUCAAAUCUUUUCAUAUGGAACAUUACCAAAACAGUGGAUGAGGUUUAGUCUAUUUUCUGAAUGUUAAUGGAAAACAACACAAAAAAACAACAUGAUGAAAUAUCCUGGAUUUUCUCAGGAUAAUUCUUAUAGAAGCUAUCUCGCCUCACCAUAUAAUAUAAUUUAUUCAUGCAAAAUAUAAACACGACUACAGUUUUAAUACAUUUAUGUGUUAUCGCUAUCAACAUAAAACAUCAAUGUCUGUUGCCCUGUUUGUAACAAAGAAUGGUUAAUUAGAGAUCUGAUGAUGCAGACAACUCUUUAAAUAAUUUCAUGGAUUGUUCUUUGUACCUAUUGUAUAUAUGUCAAACUACAGGGAGCAUUAAAACUGGAAUAAAAAAAGUUAUUAGACUUUUUAAAUUCUUAAAAUCUAUUAAACAUUUCUCAUAGGCAGGACAGCAUUUACCACGGCCUCUGAUGUACCAGGCUUGGGGCACUGGUUGAGUUGGUAAGAACACCCCA